UUUAGUUUGCUAUACAUCAAACGCGUAGAAGAUUGUGAAUUUUGUUUUGUUUACAAAUGGACAUGGAGGCAACGCGAAAUCUGUUCAAACAGAUAUUUAAUGCUAAUGUGUAGAGAAAUAUGAUAUAUAUUGUGGAUCUUCGAACAAUUAUCAACAAGUUUGAAGAUGAAAAGAUCUGGGAGUUCUACCAAUGCAUUGUUGGAGAAGGUCUCCUCACAGUUGAAAGGGGAACGUGUAAAGAAAAAAGAUGAUGAAGAUGAAGCCCUCAAUGCAUAUAUUAAGUCACUUUCACAGAAAACUGCUCAGCAGAGGGGGAAGUCUGUUGAUUUUGAGGAGAUGGGUGAUAUUUCUAUAUCAAGUGAACUGGACACUCACGAUACAUCAUCUUCAAUGAAGCGGAGAGCAUUAACUACAUCCGGGAGCAAGUUCUUAAAGAAAAAAAUAACAGGAGAUUCAGCAUCUCAACCAAUGUCAAAAUUCUUGAGGAAGCCGCAGGUUUCAUCAGCUAGUCCUGUGCCAACUGUUUCAGAACAAAUUAGGGGUCAUAUUGAUCAAAAAUCAGUUCAGAAACCAGGUCAAAGGUCUGUCCAGAAAUCAGGUCAAAUGUCUGUCCAGGGUCAGAGGUCAGCAGCUUUAGAAAAAGCAUCAGUUUUAGCCAAAAAAAUUACGCAGAGAUCAAAUGAGAAUAGAAAAGUAUUUACUUUAGAAACAGACAGUGAAUCAUUAGAGACUCCUCGUCAAAUUACAGAAUCUGAUAGUUUUAAGAUUGGAAAGAAUUCUGGGAAAUUUCUGAAGAAGAAACCAGAGUCAACAGAGCCUGUUGUAAUAAGUAACAGACCCUCUAGUCCUAAACCCCAACAGCAGGCACAGAAAGCUAAAGGUUCUCCUUUUAAAUUAAAAAGUUCACAAAAAUAUUCAACAGAUGUAGUACUAUCAUCGGGAGAGGAGAGCUUACAAGAAUUUAUUUUUGCUGAUGGCAGUGAUGACAGUGGCAGGAUGGUUGUCAAGGGAGGAACCAUUAGGAAUAUAUUAGGUAGUAAGACAAGGCAAGAGUUCAGAAAGAGAUCCCAGUCACCACAUAGAUCUAUGUCUCCUGAUUCUAAACCACCAACUCCAUCCUCAAGGACACCAAGGAGAUCACCUUCACCUAAAAUAGGAAGAAGGUCACCAUCUCCUGGCCUUAGAAGGUCAAGGUCACUGUCAGAAGAUACUGUGGCCAGUGAUAUAAUAGAAGAAGUAAAUGAAAGUGACCCACUGAGUGCCAGUUCAGAAGAUGUUUUCAGAGUGAAUUUAAUGGAUGCCGAUACUCUGGAACCUGUAAUUAUUGCAAAACCAAACAUCUCCGAAAGGAAAUCCAGAAAUGUUUCAAAGAAAAAAGUAGUCAAUAAAAACAAAAGAGAAGAAAAGAAGAAGAAGAAAAAGGAAAAAAAGAAUGAAGACAUAUUUAGUGCGCUUGGUUUACACACUGUAGAAGAAUUAUUAGGUGAUAUUCAAGACUUGGAUGAACCUAAAAGUGAAGUAUCUGAGAUAAAGACUCAAUCUGAAUCAGAGGAAAUCAAAACAGAGAGAUCAGAUCAAAUGUUAGGAGGCCAUAAAUUAAAGGAUUCACGAUCAGAAGUGAUAGUAUCAGAAAUUAAGACUCGGUCAAGUACGCCUAAAUAUAGCUCAUACUCAGAAGACUUUGAUAGUAGUAUAUCAGAACAUAUUGGUGAAAGUGUUAAAAAAACAAAAAUGAAAUCAGUUUCUGAAAUAAAGACUCAGUACAGUGAUGAGGAUGAAACAGAGGAUAUAAGUGAGCGGUUAAGUAGUGACUCCGAGUCCUUGAUGACAGAAUCAAGGGCUACACCGACCUCAGACAGAACCAUUACAGAUUCUUAUACAUACAGUGACAGACCUGCACCAAGACGUGACAGAGUGAAAACCCACACAGUGGAAGUCCAAACAUCAGAACCGGGACUACAAUACCAAUGGGACUCAAAGUAUUCUGGAUUUGCUGUACCUGGUUUUCUAACAGGACUAGGGAUGGUGGACCCUACACCUAUAGCAACACAUGUGGUCAGUCCAGAUGCUUUAGAAGCUAUGACAGCCUACAGUCCAGCUAUGUUAGCGCUCCAUGAUAUGUUAAAACAACAAUUGGACCUUACUAAACAGUUUAUACAGUCUCAGAAAUAUCUAUACAAGUCAUUCACAGAUUCUAUGGAGACAACUCAUAAAUAUACAACGCUAGAGGAUACGAGACAGUAUAUAAAGAAACACAGACCAAAGACAUUGACUUUUAAAGAAGCUAUGAAAAUGGUGAAGUCAGAAAUGAGACGGUGAAUUAAAGUAAAACAAUAAGAUGAAAAAAUACAAGAUGGAGUUUACUAUUGAAGGAGUCAAGCAGUCAAUUCACAAUGGAGAAAAAUAUUGGAACUAUUCAUAUAUUGUUCACCUACAGCAACCUAGAUUCAAACUUUUAAUGAUUAAAUCGUUGUGAAGUUAAAUGGCUGCAUAGUUUUAAAAACCUAAAGUCAAUGGUAUGUUCAUUUCAUUAUUAGUCUCAAAUAAACAAGUAUGGUUGUUCCAAGAAGAGACAAGUAUGGUUGUUCCAAGAAGAGACAAGUAUGGCUGUUCCAAGAAGAGACAAGUAUGGCUGUUCCAAGUAGAGGGUUCAAUGUUAUAACUUUUGUUGAGAGACGUUUGAAUGCAGGUUGUUUGUAUAGAGAAUUAAAUGUUAUGUGUAACAUAUGACACGGACAUUUGUAAGAAAUAUAUGUGUAGUACUGAUAGAUAUAUAUGAUAUGUAGACAAUACAUAUGUAACUUUCCAGUAUAAAAUAUAAAGAUAGAUAUGAAAAUGUACUUUGUUUACAUGUGUGUAGAAUGAAUAGUAUGAUUUAACAUCUUGAAGUUGAAUUUAGCAGAUGAUAAUUAAUAGCUUUUACCUGACUUACAUAUAAUGUAAAAGAAAAACUCAAUCUUAUAAAACAUGAGUACAAAUUAUUAAGAUCAGUGGUCUUUAACUAUUUUUAUAAGUUUUGAUGAAGUAAAAAGAAGGUUUUGUGGAACAUUACGUAUACUGUAAACCAACUAAUUUUUCUCAAGCGAUUUAUUUUCGUGACUUUCACAAGUAGUAAAAUAACGCGAAUAUAAAUGUCGCGAAUAUGUAAAACUUGGAUCUUUCAUAAUUAAACUACAUGAAGUAAAUUAUAAAAUCAUGAAAUUAAAUAGCCGCAAAGUGGACUAGGCAGUGUUAAACUCGAAAUAAAGUAUCCACGAAAAUAAAUUGAUUUACAGUAACUCAUAAAAUGACUGUGAUAUUCUUAAAUAUUGUAGAAAUAAAAUGAUAUUUUAUAA